AUGGAGCGUCUGAAAAAUUUCGUACACUCCGUUGUCGGUUGUGAUGCACACAUUGAGUAUCCGUGUUGUGUUCUUGGCACGAUCCAAAGGGAGCCUCAGCAGUUGGACGAGCACCUUGAGAAUUCCUUUUACCUCUUCACCUACCGCAGGUAUUUCGAUCCUCUUCCUUAUUCUACGCUUACGUCAGACAAGGGAUGGGGUUGCCUGGCACGCGCUACGCAAAUGCUUUUGGCUUGCAGUCUGCGGAGACACAGCGCACAAGACUGUAAGUUACAAUACUUCGCCGAUUUGGAUGAUGAACAAGUAGCACCUUUUUCAUUACACUGCAUGGUGCGCCACAUACUGAAGCAAGGUGAGUCGCUCCGACCCGUCUACUGGGCACCAAGUCAGGGAUGUGAGGCUAUUAGUGGUUGCGUUAAAAGAGCAACGGAAAGGGGAAUUCUUUCGAGUCCACUUAGUGUUGUCAUUACAGUGGCUGGUGCUGUUCCUGCAGAAGAGGUAAGUUGCCAUCUGAAGGAGUCGCGAAACGUUCUUAUACUCGCGCCCUUACGUUGUGGUGCAAGCCGUUACAUGAGUCAAAAAAUGUUUCUUUCACUGGAGCAUCUGUUGCUUGCACCGGAGAGUGUUGGAAUGGUGGGCGGUGUCCCUAACCGUGGGUAUUAUAUCAUCGGUACUGGAGCACAGGAAUUAUUGCUUUAUUUGGAUCCUCACUGCAAGACACAAGAUGCUUUGUUGUCGAGUGAGCCAGGCGAAACGGGGGUUGUGAAGCCAACAUCGAGUAACUUACGGUCUGUUCCAUAUGGUCAAGUGGACACUUCAUUUUUUUUAGGGUUCUUUGUUGAUUCCCAAUCGCGUUGGGAAAGUCUUCAAAAGCGAAUCGAAGGACUUUCAAAGCAGAAACUGCAUCCGAUAGUGUCUGUGUAUCGUGGUGGACCCCAUACCCCAGUGGAUUCAUUAGUAAUGGAGUGGCCAACUGAACCAUGA